AUGCUAAGCUAUCUUGGUUUCGCAAAAUUUUCGUCCUCCUUUCGAACGAAAUAUCAGAGCUGUGUCUCUUUCCUCUCUCGGAGGAAAAGUAGUUUAAAGAAAGGAGAGAUCGAAGGAAGAUCUCAGACAUGGAUGCCCUAGAUUCCGUCGUCGAUCCAUUGAGGGAGUUCGCUAAGGAUAGUGUUCGCCUCGUCAAGCGUUGCCACAAGCCCGAUCGGAAAGAAUUCACGAAGGUCGCGUUUCGUACGGCUGUCGGCUUCGUUGUGAUGGGAUUCGUUGGGUUCUUCGUAAAGCUAAUCUUCAUCCCCAUCAACAACAUCAUAGUCGGAUCUGUUUAGGUAAUAUGGAGUUGCAGGGAGUAUCCCAUCAACAUGGAUAAUUAUGGAGGGAAAGGAAGCUGAACACUUUAGGAACUUGUUCUAUGUAUGCAUCUCAUUUGCUUAGGUAGAUAGAGUUUUUUGAGUUUAGUGGAUUAGAGUUUGGUUUCUUUUAAGCUUGAUUUUUUUGUUCUUAAUGAAGAUCUGCAACCUCGCGUAGGUUUGGCCCACUCGUUUUUGCAACUGUUUUAAUCGUUUGGGUUUUGCAGCCUGCUUUAAGUUUGCUCAGAUGUAACUUUAUUCAAUUAGCUAGCAGCGGUUACUUGAUGCAA